CAUCCUGGAACUCUACGGGGUUUAGAUCUCACUUAAUUGCUUGACAGCCAAAGCACAGCAACAUAACACAAAUACAUGAACUACAGAGAGACCUCCGUGCCCUGCAGUCUGUCUUCGAAAUUAGAGCGGCCGGAUAAGAAACAUGUUCGUUAUCUGACCGUAUGAAUCAUCCAGGCCCAGCCUGGGCUACAGGAAUAUGACGAAUAAAUGCUCCGCGAGAUCGAUGAUUUGCAGAAGGUCAGGAUCGGGUAACAAGACCACAUAGGUCCCUUCUCAGUGCGUGAGGAACGAAAUCACACGAGACCGUGUUGUCGACAUGUUUUUGUAGGUCCAUCUCGACAGGAAACCUUCGAUUGAUAUUGACGGGAAUUUCUUACCCCAGAUCCAGAUCGCUGGUCCGAUCGACACUCGAUAGCGGGAACUUACUGUAAACAAUGGAACUCAUUUCAACUUUGAGCCUAUGGCUGCUUCUCAUGAUGGUGUUGACAUGGGUUGGAAUCGCACUUCGAGGAAACCAGACUCGUCGCAUGCAAGAUUUCACCAGUUUCAAUCAGGACAACCGACGGGCUUUUCGCUGGGAUUAUGAAGGCACCAUAGGCUUCCAAUAUAGCCAGAGUUCGGAUACAGCGCCCGAUGAACACCUCGCUAGAAUAUGUUUCCAUCAUCAUCUUGUCGAAAGCUUCUAAGGCAUUGAAUCUCGAUGACUCCACCACUGCAUGCUGCUUGCUGGCCAGCAAACAAUGGAUUUUGCUACCAUCGCCCAUGCAGUACUUCGCCAGCAGUUUAACGUGCGUAUGACAGAAUAUUUUACUGAUCGAGGUCCAGGAUUGAUUUCUCGGGGAAGAGUUUACGUUUUGUCAGCUUGAAAUUUAAACAGAUUUUGGCUGCUGCUAGUGCUUCUGUUUCUGACCAUAAUAUUAUGCUCAUUACAUCCUAUGUAUCUAUCUUUAUCGAUAUAAACACUAUCUGUAAAUAUUUACGUACGUGCCCGCUACGUGGUCUGGUUAUGUAAUUUCCCUUUCUAAAUGCUUUCAGAUCAAAAUCUACAUUUUCUCUAGACUAAGAGCCAAUUGCAUGUCCAUCAUUCGUCUUAAAAACACUCUCAUCGAUGAGAAACCGUUUCCU